AUGAAUACGAUAAUGUGACACUGAUGUAUGCGAAGCAUGAAAAAAUUCCUAUGAAGGAUUUCGGAUCGGAGAUUCGAGCCACUAUGGACAUCGAUCAUUUACUCAACAAAUCAGUCCUGUUACUUGAUUUGCAGGAAACAUCGCUCGAAGAAAUUUUUGCAAAGUGCGUAGACUUUUUUUUUUUGACUAAAAGCCAUAUUGGCAAGCGCCCUGGGGCAUCAGUGAUGCUAAUUGGAUUGCAGCUUUGUGAUUACAUACGGUCUUUUGAAACAAACAAGCAUUAGCG